AUGGUCGAUAUGGCUCAGUGGUUAGAGCACGAAUUUACUGACCGGAAGGUUCGUGGUUCGAACCCAACCCCGGCCCUUGGACUUUCCCUAUCUAGGCUUGGGCAACCUGGCAGUAUCCCAGCCUACAUGCAUCUUUCCGAUGGUAUAGCAGUUAGCCAUCAAAAGGGUGCUACAUCUGAAAGAAUCAUUCACAGUCCACCAUCUCCCACCUUUCGGCCGCGAAUCGGGACGGCUCAGUGGUCAAAGCGCGAACUUACUGGUCCGUGGUUCGAUUCCACAUCCCGGGCAUCCGUACUGCUUCUGUAUAAGCUUGGGCAACCUGGCAGUAUCUCAGCCCUCGUGCUUCCUUCGGGUGGCGCGGCCGCAAUGCGCCGCAAUGCAGCUGCAACCAGCUGCAACCCGGUUUUCACAACUAAAGAUGAUACUGGGAAUGAUAUUGAUGGUAUUGAUCAAAUUGCAGCGCUCUUAUGUCCCGCGACAAAUGACCUUCGUGUGGCUAUCUCUGGAGCAAAAGUUGAUGGUAAAGAAACACUUUCCGAUCUGGAACAUUUGAAUCUUCGUGGGAAUCGACUGGAGACGUUCAAUCCAUGUCUGACAAGUGCUCGAUUGUCCACACCCUCACAGUGCCGCUGUUGUCCAAGUGAGCUCAACUCGGUCCUCUGUUCGGCAAGUAGACGUGCACAAUUGGUUGACGACUACUGCGAUCCCCUCGUACGAUCUACGCGCUUUCCGGCUUUGAAAACACUUGAUUUGGGCAACAAUUCCCGUCUGAAGGAUCUACAUCCAAGUGUCACAGAUUUGUAUAAUUUGCGGCAGCUGUUUCUUGAUGGAUGUACUUCUCUGACCACGUUGCCUGCAGAUUUGUGGCAUCUGUCAAAAUUACACACCCUGUAUCUGCAUAAAACUCCGUUCGACCAUUAUCUGAGACGCACACCAAUCACACCUGGUGCGGUCGAUCCGGUGAAACGACCGGCCUCUUCAAGUGACUCGAAUACCAUGCAAUCUGUUUUGGACAGAUUCCAAAAGUUGUCCCACGGAUUGCGUCCCAACACCGAGGCGCGUCUGAUGGUUGUCGGUCCGCGCGGUGCCGGCAAGACGUCCCUGGUCCAGCUGCUGCACGCAGUUGAGGAGCACACGGAGGAUGAUUGGUGUCUGUGGAAGAAGAGCGCGAAUUUACUGACCGGAAGGUCCGUGGUUCGAACCCGACCUGCGCCUCUCGACUUCCCCUGUCUAGGCUUGGACAACCUGGCAGUAUCCCAACCCUCGUGCUUCCUUCGGGUGGCAUGGCAGCUAGGCACCGGAAAGGCGCUACAGUUGAACGAUUUCUUUUUCCUUUUCUUUCUAUCUGUGAUACACCUAACGGCGAGCGCGAAUUUACUGACCGGAAGGUCCGUGGUUCGAACCCGACCUGCGCCUCUCGACUUCCCCUGUCUAGGCUUGGACAACCUGGCAGUAUCCCAACCCUCGUGCUUCCUUCGGGUGGCAUGGCAGCUAGGCACCGGAAAGGCGCUACAGUUGAACGAUUUCUUUUUCCUUUUCUUUCUAUCUGUGAUACACCUAACGGCGCUCAAGCGGCCUCGUAUGUUCCGAUCCAGAGUAAGUGCCAGGUCUUCCGGUCCUCAGGCCUCCACGGGAUGCUCGGGCGAACUCACUGACCUUUCGUUCGACGCAACCGCCGACCCUUCCCCUGUUGUGCAUGUCAGUCGCAUGGUUGUCCAUCGCCCACCGGCGGCCGAUGGAACCACUGCCAUGGCAUCGCUAGAUGUCGCUUCCAAUUGGUGUGAGGAUGUAACUUUCAACAUCUGGGAUAUUGGCGAUCCGAACCCAUCUCCUUUACUUGCCUGGGAACGCACCACCAGUGGCUCACAGAGUUCUCCCGUCGCCAAUAAUGUUACGUCAGAAACGAUGACGCUGAUUGAGCAAUCUCUAUACUGCCCUGUUUCAGUAUUUAUCAUUGUUUGGCGUGUGUCAGAUGGCGUGGAUGGGCUGAAUCAAGCUACUCAAUGGUUAAUGGACAUUCAGGCCAAGGUUCGAACAGCUCCAGUCAUCCUCGUAGGCACCCAUGUGGAUGGUCUACAACCAGAUAUCACCGGUGUCCGAGGUCUUUUGCGGAACCCGCGUUCAAGCACCCCGUCACUGACGCCCGAGUUUAUCAACUCACUUGUUCGAGCGCGGUUUUCCACUUCGAACGACCUGGCUUCCUUUGGCUUACCACGCUUGUACGGUCAUGUGUUGUUGGACCUACGACCCCAGUCGAACGAGAACUUGCGCAGUCAACUAGCGGAACUUCUAAGCGUCAUUCACAAGGCAGCCAAUACAAUCCAGCUUUCAAGGUGGGGGCGAGAUGGCUCAUGUGGUUGGAGCGCAAAUUUACUGACUCGAACGUCCGUGGUUCGAACCCGACCUCUGCAUCCCGACAUCCCCUGUCUAGCCUUGGGCAAACUGGCAGUAUCCCAGCCCUCGUGCAUCCUUCGUGUGGGCAUGGCAGCAGGCACCCGAAGAGUGUUACAGCUGAACGAUUUAUUUUUUUUUUCUGUUGUGGGAUCGGUCCCCACUGCAGACAGUCCUUCUGUCUACCUGGUACAGGGAGUGGAUAGCAUUGAACCCGAGUUUCGCGCCUAUUGGAGCUCAUCCGUGAUGAUGUAUUGGGAUGUAGACCUCGGAACUCUGGCUGUUUAUGCGUUUUCACUACCCGAUAGCAUAAUUGGAGCGAGAUACUUCUGCGGUUUGGAGCGCGAAUUUACCGGCCGAGAGUUUCAUGGUUCGAACCCGGCCUCUGCAUCUCGAUUUCUGUCUAGGCCUGAUCAACCUGGUAAUAUCCUAGUCCUCGUGCUUCUUUCGGGUGACAUGAUAGCUAGGCACCGAGAGGGUCGUGCUGCCGCGGCCAUGAUGUUGGGGUCACGUCCGUCCCUCCGUCUUCUUGGUCUCAACUUACCGGAAUUGUACCGCCAGGCACUUACCUGUACACACCAGAUUGCGGCCGAACUACACCACACACUUCAAAUACCUGUCCUCCCCCGAGAAAGAUUCAUUUUCGAGUUGCACAAGCGUUUGUGCCAACAACCGGACCCCCCUCCGAUCCCUGUCACUUCAGAACUCCACAGCUUCCCCAGCGACAGCGAAGACCCGACUCCCCCUAAUCGUGCACGGUCUCCAGUUUUCCUUUCUACCCGAUCACAUGGCUUCCGAUCAGUAGCUGAAUCGCAUGCAGUCUUGGUAUUUUUAAACGAUUUCGGGCAUUUGUUGCACUUCAACGAUCCUGCGCUGUCAUCCUUCGUUUUUCUGUCUCCAGCCUGGCUGAUUCAGUUGCUUCUCCGGUUGUUCACCCGUUUGCAUCGUACAAGACGUAUGAACACUGCUCUGAUUCGUCGAAGCGCGUUCUCAGAGACGCCAACCGGUGAUCAGUUUCCCGUGUCAGGACAUACACGGUCAUCAUCCGAACUACCUUGGUUACAAAGUCCAAGUUCGAAUACAGCUGUCAUUACCGAAUCAGAUCUAGCUGACCUGGUCGUGCAGUGUUUGGACAAACCAUAUCAAAUCGCUCAAACUGAUUCCGACAUCAGCCUCCUUCUUGAAGCGAUUGUUCCGCUUCUCCUAAAAUUGGAACUCGCCCUGAGACUGGACGACAAACGUGUGUUGUUACCAUCUUUGUUGUCCACGCGUUCCGUGCGAAGCCAACAACUAAUCUCCUAUGUCUCACCAACAUCAGCCUACGGUUCUGCUGCGGAAUUGGCAGCGCCUACGCGUGCGGUUCGAGUGUCCUGGGACGACUUAUCGGGUCGGAAAGGCAACUCAACAUCGGAUGCCCUCCGUUCGGACAGCAGUGCUGACAUUCCUACCCGAACUGCCUCCCUGCAUCGGAUCUCGCUAGAGCGCGAAUUCACUGACUGGAAAGUUCGUGGUUCGAACCGGGCCUCUGUAUCUCGACCUCUCCUACCUGGGCUUGAACAACCUGACAGUAUCCCAGACCUCGUGCUUCCUUCGGGUGGUGGCAUGGUAGCCAGGCAUCGAAAGAGGGUUACAACUGGACUUUCCGUUCACCGGAAGGUCCAUGGUUCGAACCCGACCUCUGCUCCCCGAUUUCCCCUGUCUAGGUUUGGGCACCCUGACAGUAUCGCAGCCCCCGUGCUUCCCUCGGGUGGCAUGGCAGCUAGGCACCGAAAAGAUGCUACAUCUGAAAGAUUAUUAUUAUUAUUAUUCCUUUCGUUCAUGUGCGCAAGUUUUGGGUGCCUCAGUCAUUCAGAACCAGUCCAUUCUUGGAGCAACUGGCACCAGAACAAGCAGCUGGCAACCGAUUUUUGGGGAUUUGGACUUAACUGA